UGGCGGAGAAUGACGUGCACGUGACAAGCCAUGUCGUUCGAAUGCUCAAGCUCUCAGAUCAGUGCCAGCAUUAAUAUUAAGCAAUUAAGCAAUGGCAGCAUCAACGGCGCCGACGUCUCAAACGCACCCAGCUUUGCUACCGCCAUCAGUGUUUACUCUUCCCCAAACAGCACAACUCGAGGCUCUGUACACCAUCAUCCGCGAUAAAACCACAAGUCGAGGAGAUUUCUUGUUUUACUCUGACCGAAUCAUUCGUCUACUUGUUGAAGAAAGUUUAAAUCAUCUACCUGUGGUCCCAAAGAUAGUGGAGACUCCCACGGGCUCCACGUAUCAAGGUGUUGGAUUCGAGGGAAAGAUUUGUGGAGUAUCAAUUCUGCGCGCUGGCGAGGCCAUGGAAGCUGGUCUUCGAGAAGUAUGCCGUAGCGUGCGCAUAGGGAAGAUUCUGAUUCAACGAGACGAGGAGACUGCGCUUCCAAAGCUCUUUUAUUCUAAGCUUCCCGAAGACAUCGCAUCCCGAUAUGUACUUCUCCUCGAUCCGAUGCUAGCCACUGGAGGCUCAGCUAUGAAGGCAGUUGAAGUUUUGCAGGAACAAGGCGUUCCAGAGGAGCGAAUCAUAUUCAUUAACUUGGUUUGUCCUACUGCGAGUUCCAUCCGAAAGCAAAUAUUUUAUUGCCGUCUAGAUCGCGGCACCAGAAGGUUUGAAGAGAUUCUGCGGUAGAUUCCCGUCUUUGCGCGUGGUGAGUAGAUAUAUGCCAGUCAGAUUUGAUCAACUUAAUCUAUCAUCCAGAUUACCGGAUGGAUAGACCAGGGCCUCAACGAAAAAUCUUACAUUAUUCCAGGUUUAGGUGACUUUGGAGAGCGAAGGUACGUUCGCAGUGCAUGUUAGUACUCAUCACCUACCAUGGAUAUCUAGAUAUUGUGAAUGAAGAAUUGUCACGAGUAACGUCAAUCAUCGUACUUUCAGAUGACUUUCACAGCAUUCAAGUCCUUGAUCCUUCCUGCCGAGUAUCUAGUUUAGUGUGUUGAACAAUUGAGCUUGUAGAACUGAUCAUGUUACUAGGCCAGUAAUCUACUUACAACAAG